CUGUUAUUUUUGUGUAAAGCUGCUAAAACAAACAUGUCUUGUAUAUUUUACUCUAGAUCCUUACUCUCCAGGGUGUGUAUUAACUCCAGAAAUCAUCUACAACAUCAGACAAAGCACAUGCAUUCGGAUGCUGGAGACCCUAGGAUUUAUUCACUUAUUCGACAGGGGAAUACAAUGUUCUUUGAUGAACAGAGGCGGAGUGGGAUUUUAUCACACAAAAUUACAGUGAAUGGAGCACGAAUUCAUUUUGAAACAAGUGGAAAUGGACCACACACUAUUCUAUUGUUACCAGGAGCUCUUGGAUCUACCAGGACAGACUUUUCUAAACAGCUGUCAGACUUCAAUAAGAAGGACUACACCCUGAUAGCAUUUGAUCCUCGGGGGUACGGUAAAAGUAUUCCUCCCCAGAGGACAUGGCCAUUGGAGUUCUUACAGCGGGAUGCUGAUGAUGCUAAUGGGCUAUGUAUGAAACUAGGACUAAAGGCAGUAUCAGUGAUGGGCUGGAGUGAUGGGGGAAUUACAGGGAUGAUUCUGGCUGCACAGAAUAGUGCCCUCGUGAAAAACCUCGUCAUCUGGGGUGCCAAUGCCUAUAUCACAGAGCAGGACAUGCUCAUCUUUAAUGGUAUUCGUGACAUUAAUACCUGGAGUGAAGGCAUGCGAGCUCCGUUCAUGGCUCUGUAUGGAGAGAAAUAUUUUCGUGAGCAAUGGUCCAACUGGGUCGAUGCUUACCAGGCAUAUUUUGACAAGAGAAAUGGAAAUAUUUGUAAAGAUGAUUUAAAAAGAAUAAGAGCAAGGACUCUUAUUAUACAUGGAAUCAAAGACCCUCUUGUACCAUUGGAACAUCCAGAUUACCUUCAUCAUAACAUCAAAGGAUCAAGAUUGUACAUGUUACCAGAGGGGAAACAUAACCUUCACAUUCGUUACCACAGAGAAUUCAACUUCCUGGUGGAUAACUUUCUGAAGCAAUCAAAGACACAAAGCUCACUAUUAAAAAAGCAGGGUUCAGCUUAGAGAUUAUAAAAGGGAAGGAACUCAUCAUCUUCUUGAUUUUGAAUCAUUGCUUCUGUCAGAAUACCGGUUUAUUGCAUCAAUUAUUAAUCAUAAGUUUUUAAAACUAUGGGUGAGAGAGAGAGAGAGGGAGAGAGAGAGAGAGAGAGAGAUUUGUUAUUGCCCAGUUAAAAAGAAACAAAAUGCUUCCAUAGUAAAAUAUAGUUUAUUGGAUUAAAAGACAAGUAUAAGGCAAUUAGUCUUUUGAAAAGGGGAGAUACCCAAUAUAACAUUGGGGGUAUCCUUUCAUCUGUACAUCCAUACUUUGGAGUAGCCAUCUUUCACCAAUGAAUGCAAUUUGAUGAAGCUUUAACCAAAUUUUUAUUAGAUAGUGCCAUUGUGCACCUCUUAUUGUAUGUUCUGAUCGGAAAGAUAUUUGGAGAUUCCCAUUGCAAGAAAUGGACACAUAUGGGAGCAGGUGGUAUCAUUUUGUGAGCUCAGUGCUCACAAUACCUCUUGUUUUUGUAUUUGGAAGUGCAUCUACAAUGUCCAUAAACCGCUGUUGUAAAUAUUUUAAAGGUAGCAAUCAUGUUUGUUAAAGAAGCAAAGUAUCUGUUUAUACAUAUACAUGUAUACUCAUUAAAAAGGGGAGAGGGGUUGAAUAGAGUUGUCAUGUGUUCAUUAUUCAUUGCAUAAAAACAAUCUGCAUUGGAAUACUGUAUAUGUAUGUAGACUAGAUCAGAUGUGGAUAUGUAUUUAUCAAAAACCAUAAAAUAUCUUCCUUUCAUAUUAUCAAGAUAAGCUUAAACAUUAAAUGACCAUUAUUUGCAAUACACAGGUCUUAGAUCACAGAAGUUGUGCUUAUGAAUUGAAUAAAAUGUUUUAGUGAUUUAUAAUUAACUGUAUAAAGGCACAUUUAUUAGGAUUAAGUACAAAACAUGAUCAUUCAUUAUGCUUUUAUUCACAUCCAUUGUUAUUGUGUUUUAUUUUGCCUAAAAAAUUCUUCACUGUACAUCAUAUUUGAGUUUUUUUCAGAAGUUAUAUAAAAGAAAUCUGUUGAAUGAUAUUGCACAUGUGUAUUGAUUUUACGCAAGGGACUAGCAGUUUGUAAAGACUGUAAAUAUGUCGUCUGAUUAGUGCCCGCUGAGAAGUGUAUGUGUGACCCUCUCUCGUUGACAAUGUGUGUGUUUUGCUUCCUAUUUAUACCUUACCAUGAAGAUACUGAACUGAUACAGUGCCAUUGUUAAACCUUACUUUUGUGCAGUUUGCUGUAUUAUAUUGUUUUUGUAAUCCCCCUGCUUUCAGUCAUACCACAAAACAAAAUCUGUUUUAAUACAUGUAUGUACAUUUAUGCAAUUAAAUGGGAGGGUCCAUUUUAAAAGCCCUAUUUAUUAUAAAAUAGAGGUCAUGGCUUUGUUUGAUUAGUUGUAUCUUUGUAUUAUACAAUGUUUAUAAAUACAUUUAUAGUGUAUGAUCACAAA